AUGGGUCAUCGUACAUUUCUUCCCCUUAACCACCCUUAUCGUAAGAGGAAAAAUUCUUUUGAUGGCACUAUCGAGACUCGAGUGGCUCGUUUACCUUUAACCGGGAAGGAGGUUUUUCAACGAGUCAAAGAUAUUGAUGUUGUGCUUGGGAAGUUAUAUAAAAAGACAGCAUCAAGUAACAUUUGGAAGAAGAAAUCUAUUUUCUGGGAUCUUCCAUAUUGGGAGCACUUGCAAGUUAGGCAUUGUCUUGACCUUAUGCAUAUUGAAAAAAAUGUUUGUGAAAGCAUUAUUGGAACUUUGUUGAAUGUACCUGGCAAGACAAAGGAUGGCAUGAAAGCGAGAUUAGACUUACAGGAGAUGGGUGUUCGAGUAGAGUUAGCACCGCAACAAUCUGGUAAACGUACAUAUCUACCUCCGGCAUGCUUCACUCUGUCCAGAAAAGAGAAAAUAAGCUUGUGUGAGUGUUUAUCUACUGUGAAAGUUCCAUCUGGAUAUUCCUCGAACCCUAAAAAUUUUGUCUCAAUGAAAGAUUUGAAGCUGGUAGGUAUGAAGUCACAUGAUUGUCACGUCUUAAUGCAGCAUCUGCUUCCAGUUGCAAUACGAGGCAUAUUGCCCAAGCACGUGAGACUAGCUAUCACGAAACUAUGCUUCUUCUUCGAUGCUAUAUGCAGUAAGGUCAUUGAUCCCAUGACUUUAGACAAACUGCAAGCUGACAUUAUUGUCACACUUUGUGAAUUAGAAAUGUAUUUUCUGCCCUCAUUCUUUGACAUAAUGGUGCAUUUGGUAAUUCAUCUUGUGAGAGAGGUUAAAAUUUGUGGUCCUUUGUACAUGCGCCAAAUGUAUCCUUUCGAGAGAUUCUUGUGUUUCUUAAAAGCAUAUGUGAGAAACCGACGUCUACCUGAAGCCAGUAUAGUUGAAGGCUAUACGGUUGAAGAAACUAUUGGAUUUUGCACGGACUAUCUAGCAUCCACAGAUCGAGUUGGAAUUCCAACAUCUCGUCAUGAAGGAAGACUUCAAGGUCAGGGUACGUUGGGACAUAAAAUGAUAUCUCCUAGUGCUGAAAUGCUUGACAGAGCCCAUUUAUUCGUAUUGCAGCACAUGACUGAUGUUCAUCCCUACUUACAAGAGCACUUGGCUGAGAUUCAACAACAGCAUCCUUCUAAGAGUGGGAAAUGGGUUACAAAUGAACACAAUCGAUCAUUUGUUAAAUGGUUUAGAGAUCGAGUGAUGUUUCGAUAUUCAUCAAGUCAUUCUUCCGUUUCUAAUACGGUUAAAUGGCUAUCAUAUGGUCCUGACAUGCCAGUGAGAUCUUACCAAGCAUAUGAUGUUAAUGGGUAUAGUUUCUAUACACAAUGUCAAGAUCAAAAGAGCAUUAUGCAGAACAGUGGAGUAUGUGUUGAAGCUUCUUCCACAGAAUUUGAUAGAGGCAAUUCCAUGACAUCACGAGAUAUAAAGAAGUCAUACUAUGGGGUGAUUGAAGAAAUUUGGGAGCUUGACUACAGAGAAUUCAAGGUUGCUCUAUUUAGAUGUAAAUGGUUUGAUAUCAAGCGUGGUGUCCGGGUGGAUGACUCGGGUUUCACUUUAGUAGACCUUGCUCGAUUUAGCCAUGAGGAUGACCCAUUCAUAUUCGCCACACAGGUUAACCAGGUUUUCUAUGUUCGAGACCCCGCUGAUGCUAAGUGGUCCAUUGUUCUUCAAAGUAAGCGACGCAUCGUUGGAAUUGAUAAUGUGGAAGACGAGGAGGAGUAUAAUCAAUUUGACGAUAAUCCCCCUUUCUCCAGUGGUAUGCAAAUGACCACAUUGAAGGAAGAAAAUUUAUGUAUAAAUUACGCACGCAAUGACCAUGACGAAGGUGUAUGGAUUGAGGGUCAACGAUGA